AUGAUAAUAUUUAUUCUUCUGAAGUGCAUAAGUCCAACAAGUCUCAUUUAUAAAAACUUUUUUGAUAGUUUUACUUAUACAAAUAAUGGUAAUACUAAAUAGAGUUAUAUAGGUUGGUCGAUAUUGUCUAAAGAUGUAAAUCAUUAAAAGAAUGUAGUACUUUGUGGAUCUAAAAACAUUUUAUUUUUAGACAACUAAAGCACUUAGUAUAAUCUGUUACUUCAUAAAUCCUUUAAGCUUGAGGUUCAUUAUCAAGUCACAGUUUAAUUUUAAUUAUGGAUGCUUGACAAUUGGAUAAAUAAUUAACUGCUGAUAUAUUUUGAUAAUGAAAUCAUAAUCAAUGAUUAAUACUCUUGUUCAUCCAGCGCAAUAAACAUUUGCUAGGGUUCCCAAAACGACGAGGUUACUACUAUGUCAUUAAGUGUCCUACAUAAUCGACCAUCAAUACAAAUCGUAAUUUUUGCUUAAUCUGGUAAAAUGGGAAUUUCUGAAUUUUAAUUGUUCAUCGAAGAAUGCCCUAGUGGAUGCCAUUCUUGUGACAUUAUGAAAUGCCAUAAUUCAGUACUAUUCAUGCAAUCUUUCACCUCAAUUAUGAUUUCUGCUAUUAAUUCUGAAGGAUGGAUGUUUAGUGGUACAAUUUAAGCAGCUAUUGAUAAUUGUCAUGACAUUUUUUAUCACAAAUCUUCGGGAUAUAAUCUUGAAAAAGAAAUUUAAUUAAAAGAUCAUUGGGCCGUUAGUUUAAAUUUAAAAGUGAUGAUUUUUAAUUCAGGCUCAACCACAAUAUCUAUUAAAAUAGAUGAUAUUCUUGUACAACAAGAGAUUUACACUUAGGGAUGGAUAAGUUAUAGUAAUAGCAACGUGAACUAUGAUGGGUUUUGGUAUUACAUGACAAUAAAGCAUGUUAGUAUUACUUAGUAUAUUCACACUAAGCCUGUUAUUAAAAUUACGGUAUUAACUACAAUGACUAGUGUUUACACAGCUUGGGCACCUUGGUUUGGAAUUAGAGAUUUUUAGCUUUUUAUUCAUCCAAACUAUGUUUGUAUUGAUCAUAAUUUAAACCCUUUUGAUGGAUGUUUUUCUUUCAAUUUUGAUUGUGUUCAGGGUUGUAAAAAUUGCGUAAAAGGGAUUUGUAUGCACUGUUUAGAUGGAUGGCAAUAUAUAGAAAUCAGCAAGAGCUGUAUUCCUUAUUGUGGUGAUAAUAUUAUAAAUUCAUAAGAGGAAUGUGAUGAUGGAAACUAAAAUCCAUAUGAUGGAUGCUAUAAUUGCAAAUUUUCUUGUCCUUUGGAUUGUGAGUUAUGCAAAUUUGGUAAAUGUCUUUAAAGGAUGAAUUAUUAUUCAUUAUAAAAAUCAUAAAACGAAUGCCUACCCUAUAACUUUGUUUCUAAUCCUUAAAAAAGGGAAUAAUACAAACUCCCAAUAUGUCAAACAUAAAGGUUUUCGAAUUAUUACUCAAUUGGGAUUCCAUUCUAUCUUGAAAAAGAGAAUAAACAUACUUGCUCACAUAAUUGUCAUGUUUGUGAUUUUGGAACAUGCUUAUAGUGUAAACCAAACUACAUUUUACAGAAUUAAUUAUGCAUUAAUGUUUUUGAAAAGAAUGAUGAUGAAUAAUAGCAAGAAUAUUUUGUGGAAAUAUUUUACUUAAAGGUUAUCUAAGAAACAUAGAAUUAUUUCAAAAAGUAGAAAUUUAAUCGAAUUUAAUUUAACUUUAAAUAUUAUUAAAAUUACGAAAAUAACUAUCCUAAUCUAGAUUACAUUGAUAAUUGUAAGAAUAAAGUUUCUAGUGUUUGUUUAGAAUGUGAAAUUGGAUAUAAACUCAACGUGAAUGGUAGAGCAUGUAUUCCUUUAUGUACUGAUGGAAUGGUUGUGAAUUAUGAAAUUUGUUAGAAUUAGAACUAUUAAUAAGUAAAUGGAUGUUUUAAAUGCCAAUUCAGCUGUUAAUUGGAGUGUUUGAGUUGUUUAAAUGGAAUAUGUUAAGUUUGUCUUGAAGGAUGGUAAUUAGUUAAUGGAACUUGCUAAUAAGUAUGUGGAGAUGGAUUAAUUGCAGCUUUAUCAUAAGAACAAUGUGAUGAUACGAAUUUAAUAGAUGGAGAUGGAUGCUAUCAAUGUUUUUUUUAAUGUAUGCCUUAUUGUCAAUAUUGCAUCAAUCAAAAGGAGUGUUUAAAUUGUGAAGAACAUUUUGAAUGGGUAGAGAACCAAUGCAAACCAAUUUGUGGAGAUUUAUUUAUAGUUUAAGAGUUAGAGGAAUGCGAUGAUGGAAAUCAAAUAUCAUCUGAUGGUUGUGAUUAUUGUUAGUUCCAAUGUAAAUUUGAUUGCCAAAUUUGUGUUGAUAGAACGUGCAUAGAUAACAACAAUUAAUAAGAUGAGCCUACUUCAAAUGAUCCAAAACCAACUACACCAUAGGUUGAUAAUAGUUGCAAUUAAGGUUGUUUACUUUGUUAGGAAGAUAUCUGUUAGGAAUGCGAGAAAUAUUCGACCCUUGAAGAUGGUUAAUGCAUUAAAUGUGGUAAUGGGUAUAAAUCAGAUGAUGAGUUUUGUGAUGAUGGAAAUACUUUCAAUAAUGAUGGAUGUUCAAAUUAAUGCAUGAUUGAAUAAGGUUGGGAUUGCAAUCUUUCAAUUCUUCAAUUUAGUCAAUGCUAUUAAUUUGCGGAGCUAUCUCUUAAAUUCUUGAAUUAAUCAUUUGAUACUUAACACAUCAGUUUAACGUAUACAAAAAAAGUCAAACUUAAUGAAUUUAAUUAAUUUUUCUUAGAUUAAAUGUCUUUCGAUAUUGAAAAUAUAAAGCAAAAUCAGUACAAUAUCAAUAUUGAACCAGUAAUCCCAAUCAUCCUUGAAUCCGCAAGAGAUAUUAAUUAUAUCAUAAAAAUCACUUUUCUUGAGAAGAUACAAAGUAGACCAAAGUUAACUGUUUCUAUAGAUGCAUAAUUCUUGGAUGAGAACUAAAUUCUAGUUCCUCCUGGUAAUUCUGAGAUCUCACUUAUGAUACCUUAGGUUAUGAAUUUAAAAUAAAUGGAGGCUACAGCUAAAAUGUAGGUAUUUGGACAGAACAUGAUGAUUGGAAUGGGUAGUGUUGGAGCAUCCUUUCAAGAUUCUGGAUGUUUUGUAAAACAAGCUAACCUUAGUACAUAACGUUGA